AUGAAGUUUUCUCUUAUCGAGCUUUACAAGAUCGCCGCUAGACCUACUAGAGCUAGCCCUGUAACCCCACCACCAGAUUUCAUCGCCGAAUUGUCUGUUUGGCACGAGAGAAUACGUGACAUAGCCCUCAAAAUGGGUAGAGAGGAACAGAUUGAGGAGAGGGAAGUCCUCGAUAGUAUCUUCCCAGAAGAAAUACAAGAUAUCUCAGAUACAGAAUUUCGUAUAUCUGUUCUACUAGAUAUCACGAACGAUGAAGACGAUGAAUCAGAACCCCCCACCAUUAUUCUCCAGAUCAAAUAUCCUGAAGACUACCCUGAAGAACCUCCCACGCUGGAUCUCCUCCCACCUCCAAAUGCGCCAAUCCAUACCUACUUCAGCGUUGCCUCGGACAAAGACGCGCUUCUCGAGAGCUUAAGAGAGACAAUCGAGGAGAAUAUGGGAAUGGCCAUGAUCUUCACCAUCUACUCGACUUUGAAGGAUAAUGCGGAGCAACUAAUUGCCGAGCGACAAGCAGCUGCGCGAGCAGUGCAUGAGGAGAGACUACUUGCUGCUGAGAAGGAAGAGAAUAAGAAGUUUCAUGGCACGCCAGUGACACCGGAGACAUUCAUGAGUUGGAGGGAGGGCUUCAGAAAGGAGAUGGAGGAGUUGAAGCUGAGGGAGGAAGAGGCCGAUGAGGCCGCGGAGAAAAAGAAGAAUAGAGGAAAGGAUACGGUGGUGCAGUUGACAGGGAAGCAGCUUUGGGAGAGGGGUCUGGCAGGCAAGAUUGAAGAGGAUGAAGAUUAUGAUGAUGUGUUACCUGCUGAGGUGGAGAAGCUCAAGGUUGAGGCAUGA